GGAAAAUCACUUCGUUGAGGUUGGUUUGUUCUGCUCAGGGACAAAGAGAUGUCGAGCGCAUGACAAACAAGAAAAGGGUUCGCAGGCAAAAGAAAGAGACAAGAUUCAAUUGUCCAUGCUUGUUCAAAGUGAGGUACUUUAACAAUAUUGAUGCAUAUGUUGUUGUUGGUUUCAUAACCCACCACUCGCAUCCUCUUGCACAAGCACACGAGAGGUGUCUUCUUACACCACACAGAUCAGUUCAAGAUUCACAUGUAGCCCUUGCCACGUCCAUGCAAAGAGUGUCUGUUAAGCCUUGUCAUACAUAUGAGUACAUUGUUAAUAGAUCAGGGGGUUUUCAGCAAGUUGGGUUUACCAUUAAGGACCUAUACAACAAGUUGGACUCGAAACGGCGAGAAAUUUUACUAGACAGUGAUGCAGAAGCUGCACUUGCAUAUAUGAGAGAUGUAUUGGUUUUUGAUAGUACUUACAAAACCAAUCCUUAUGGGAAACCAUUAGUGUUGUUUGUUGGUACAAACAAUCAUCUAUCGACCACAGUUUUUGGUUUUGGGUUACUAAUAGAUGAAACGAUUGAGAGUUACACUUGGCUUUUAGAGACCUUCAUAUUCUCCAUGAAUAACCAAAAACUGGUUGCUGUCUUGACUGAUGGGGAUCAAGCAAUGCGAAGAGCUAUUGAAGCAGUACUUCCUGGUUGUCCUCAUCGUUUGUGUACAUGGCAUGUAUCAAAGAAUGCCCGGAACCAUUUGCGCAACAACCAAGCAUUGUCUGAAUUUCGUUGUUGUAUGUGGGAAGAGGUAACUCUAGAUGGUUUUGAAAGACGUUGGACGACCAUGGUUAACAGACAUAAGCUCCAAAACAAGGAUUGGGUUAAUAUGAUGUAUGAAAAGCGGCACUUAUGGGCUGAGGCAUUUGUUAGUGGGCAUUUUUUUGCACGUAUGCGAAGCACUCAGAGAUGUGAGGGCAUGCACAUCUAUAUGAAGCCUUAUUUGAAAAGUGGUGUGAAGUUAUUCGAACUUGUUCCAGCGCUUGAUAGAGGACUAUUACGGCUUAGGUUCAAAGGUGUGCUUAAGGACUUCAAGUCAAAUAACUCGACUCAUGUGCUUACUUCUUCACUUCGAAAUCUGGAAGAUCAUGCAGGUACAGUCUUCACUGAUAGUGUGUUUGAGCUUGUACGUAAAGAGAUUAUCGGAGUUGGCGAUCUUAUAAUAUCCCGGACUUUCCGAUUUGGGUCAUUUUGUGUGUACGUAUCAUCUAGUUACAACGAUGAGGAGCCACAUAACAAGUACAUGACAUCAUACUACCAAGAUAAAGAUAAUCCUAGAAUUGAAUGCUCAUGA